AUGGCGAUGCUUGCCAUCUUGCAAUCUGACCCUGUUGUGGGCGCGAAGUGGAGUGAGAUCCAGUGCAAGGGCGCGGUUGAUUGCCUGGCAGCCAAUGGGCUGAUAACGCCAGAAGAUCUGGCCAACAUUCAAUUCGAGGAUAUGAAGGACGCCGACGGCGCGCCAGCGCUGACGAAGGGCGUCCUGGGGCGCGCUCUGAAUCGCGCGACGGUGGCGGGCGCCAAGGGCGAACAUGUCGACGUCGGUGCGGGCCUGGCCCAGAUCACCCAGAGGGACCUUCCGCAGUCCCUGUGGCCGAGGCUGCUGCGCGGCUUCGCCCCGGCGCGCUGGCGCGUUUCCACCGUUCGCUCAGAGCGCUCGGACGGGGAGCCGCGGCGGAGAGUCAGCCGCUACUGGCGCGGACGCCAUGGGAUCUCGUGCGCGAGCGCCAUGCCCACAAACACGUUGUUCUUCAGGCGAGUCGACAUUGGCGCCCGUCCGCUGGUCGCCGGCGAGAGCGCGCCAGCCCAGGUGGCACUGGAUGCCCCUUUGCAGGGGCGGAAGGCCCAGGUUGCCUUGGUCUACGACCGCCUCGCGCGGAGGACGUGGGCCGAGCGUGCCGCCGGCGGCGUGGCAGGCUUCCAGUCCGCAGUUUCGCGCCAUGCUUCGGCGCGAUAUUCUCGGGCGCGUGUCGGCGCGCAGGUGAACGUAGCUGCGCUGUCGCUUGGCAGCGGGCUGCUCCGCGCGGACAAAGAGGCCUUUGAAAAAGCCGUGGUGGUGCCCAGCGACGUUUCGGCGGCGAUCGAUUGGAUUGCUGCGCGCUCGGAGCGGCAGGUGCGCCGUGAGCGGCGAGCGACCCUCGAGCGAAUUCGGACCAGGGGCGCCGAGCCACGUGCCUCUGGAGCGACGGCGGCCUGGUUUGCGGUCUGCGAUGCCAAUGUGCGAGCAAUCACAGGGUCGAUCAACGGCCCCCUUCUCGUCGAAUUGCUCGACGAAAUCGGCUACGAGGACGCGGCCUGCGUGGGAAUCCUCGCCAAAACUGUCGCCGAAGCGGAGCUCGGCCGAAUGGGCCAUCCCGCGCCGAUCAGCGCGGUCGAGCUCGACAGGGCCGUUUUGACGCCGCGGUUCGGCGCCCGGCAAACGAGAGAGGGCGGCUCCGAGAAGCUGCGGCUCGUCGCCGAUAUGUCGCGCUCUCGCAUCGACGCGGCGUCUCAGCCGACGGAGCGCCCCAGCCAUGAGGCCAUUGACGCUCUGUUCGGCGCUUGCAAAGCCUUUGUGGCGCGCGUGGGCGAAGCGCCCGGGCUCUGGGAGGCGGGCAUUGACGCCGCGUUCCGGCGCGCGCCGCUGAUGUCAGAGCAUCGCGCCUUCGCGUGGGUCGCCUUCCUCGUGGGCACCUGCGUCUACGUGGCUCAGCACUUCGCCGCCGCCCCAUUCGGGCUGUGCGACGCAAUGCGACAGUUCGCCGAGCUGGUAAGAAUCAUUCCCGGUCCGAGCGCCGUGGCCGACGGUAAGCUGCUGUUCGACAAUCUGAUCGGAGUCCUAGGUUUGUCUGUGGCGAUUGACGAGCGAGGCCUCGUGUGUUGGCCGCUGCCGGAUAAGCGCGCCUGGUGGCGCGCCGAGAUCGCCGCUGCCCUUCAAGAGGGCGCGCUCGAGCGCGGGCGCGCGUCCAAGUUGGCAGGGUGCGCCCGCCAGGCCGGGCGGCCUCGCGCGCGUCGCGGUCGCGCCUCGCCCUGCGUGCGCGCGCGAGCAUCUGCGCUGUCGGCGCACCUUGAGAAUUUCUUCGGUGUUCGCGUGAUGGCGCUGGCUGGUCUGAUCGCUCAGCUUCGCGUGGUUUGCCCUGAGGCACGCUCUAUUCCUGUGUUCGCUGCUGCCGCGCUGCUUGCCGAUGACGGCGCCGACGCCGUGAGCGAUUUGGUUGACGUCGCCGUGGCAGACUUCAGUGGCGCCGCGGCAUUAUCUAGCGACGCCCGUGAGGUGGUCCGCGCGGCUUUCGCGGCAGCCCAGCGCGGCGGCGCGCCAGCUGCACUGCGCAGGGGCGGCAAGGGCGCCCCUCCAGCGCCCGCUCCGUCGCCCGGGAUUGCCCCCAGGUCUUCUCGCGCGUUCCGCGUUCUCCCGCGGGUGCUCCGCGUCGGCCGGAGCAGGACUGGCAUCGUGAGGCGGGCGCCCUCGAGCGAGUCAGUCUCGUCGUCCUCCACGGUGCGCGCGCGAAGUCGCGGCAUGUCGAUCGCGGCGCUAAAUGCGGGCGCCAGGACAGCGGCAGGGCACAUGCAGCUCCCCCGGCGGACCCUGUGUCCGCUGCCCGGUGGGCGCUCUCAAUCGCCGGGCGCGAGGGUCGCCGAGACGUGCGCGGGCCGCGGGCCGAAGCUGCUAGGGCCGGUGCGCCGCGCCGUCAGCAACUGCGUGACUUACGUGAGGAAGGCGUGCCUCGUGGCGAGCAGGCGCGCGCCCACCUCUCAUCCUCCGGCAGCGCGCGCGUCCGCCCGCAGUGGCAGUCGGCGCGCAAGGCCCGUGGGCGUCUUCAGGCACCUGGCGGCUCGCGCUGCUAAGAACGCCAUCGAGAAGCAUUCGGGCUGGCAAGCGAAGGCGCGCAUGGCCCUUCAGGGUCGCGACGUCGCCCGCCUGGUGUCGCACCUGCGCGUCAGUGACGAGGGUCGCCGUUUCGCCAUGCUGUGCCUGGCGGCUUACGCAUUCCUCCUUCGGCUAUCUUCGGAGGCCCUGCCCGCGGUGCGGGUUGAAAAUGGCGCGGCCGCAGCUUGCGUGGCUUCCGCGUUCGUCGUCGGCGACCAAGUGAUCGAACUGCACCUCUCCAGAAGAAAGAACCGCGAGAGCCGCUCGGCGUUGGCGCGGCAGUGCUGGCGCGACGAGUGCGCGGCCACCUGUCCCGUGCACGUUCUUGGGGCCUGGCUGAUUGGCGAGCCAGCUCACCAGCCCAUCUGGGCUGCGCGGCCCCCCGGCGCGGCACGUGCUCGGCUGCGCCGCGCGCUGGGCGAAAUAGGGCGCCAUGGCGCGGAGUCAUUCGGCGCUCGCGCGUUCAGGCGCGGGCGCGCGCAGGACAUUGCUGCCGGGGGCGAACCAGUCACCGGCUUUGACAAGCAGGAGCCUGGUUGGCAGCCAGGCGUCAUCGGCGUCAGUGGCGUCAGGUUGGCCGUGGAAUCGUUAUGGUCGCGCGUCCAGUCGAAGCACCCAACGACCUGUGAUCCCCAGAUCGUCCAGCAGGAGUGCGACCGGAUUGACGCCGAGGACUUGGCGAACAUCUUGCAGCUGCCCGAGCGCGCGGUGCACGACUUCUUCGCCCAGGCAGGCCUCGCGGACCCGGGCGCAGAGGAGCCCAAGUGCCAGGAUGUCUGCCAGGCUGCCCUGCAGGCAGUGCCAGCGCGGAAUCGCCCCCCGCUGCAUUACGUUGCAGCGCAGCAGAUCACACCGGAGGGCGACAUCGAGUGGGCCGUCGACCUCACCCCGCUCGACCUGCGCGCGCCGGACAGGCGGGUCCGAUCGCGGAAGAGCGGCGACCCCAGGCAAGAAAAGGAGCAUGAUGUGGACGACGUUCAUGAUGUUCUUGGCACCCCUGCUGACGCUCAGGCGAUGCCCUCGUUCGAUCGACAGGGCGCGACCUCAACCCUCGAAGUCGCGACCCGGGUCUGUGAGAUGUUCCACAUGUAUCCAUGGUCGAGCCCGGCGGGGGUGAGCAGCUUCCUCGACGAUGCCGGGAAUGCCACACGACACAACGCCGACGCCGAGCCGAUCCCAGAUGGCAAUGGGAUGUUUACGAUUUGUUCAUACCGGGGGGGGUGCAACGGCCUCGCCAAAGCGUCGAACUGCAAAUGGAGCCUGCCCAGCACCUACUUUCCAUGUUGCCGCUGCUGGAGAAAGCCGAACUGGAACUCAGAGAUCAAUAUGCUUUGGGGCCAUGCACGCACCGCGGUGCUAUAUGCUGUCUGGCGCUUGCCAUCUCUCGAAGCGGCAAAGGGGCGGCUGGUUAAGAAAUUCUUCGGGUUCGAGUAUACCAGAACUCUUGGCUGGUGGCCCACUGAAGAGAAGAAGAGAGCUGUUGCGAACACCCAGAUGCUCGAUUGGUGGGUGCAGUUAAUGUGGUGGAAGAUUAACGAUGAGUCUGUGACGUUCUGCUACGAUGCGGCAAGUGACCCGCCUGGAAUUUCGUGGGGCAUGGCGUGGGGAAGCAAAACUGACAACAGGAUCGCGUUUACUAAGGACGGGUGGUUCGGCGGGCCAGACUGGGAAAGAGUCAGGUCAAUGCUGCACGAGUACUACCAUGUCCUGGGGCCGAAGCACGGCGAGCCGAUCCUAAUGUGGGGCACCAACUACACGGGCCCCCUUGUGAAUGCCUUCAAGAUGGAUUGUUACCUCCUUAGCCUGUUAGAGGAAAUGAACAUCCUUCAAUCUGGUGGGCGCUGCAGAGAGCUGCAGGCCCUGCGCGCGGCUGGCGGUGAGGCGUCCGGGACAGCCCAGCGGCACGGCGGGGAUCGGACCGGGGUGCUGCGCGCCAGGGCGGACGCGACGGAGCUCGUCACGACGUCGUCUGAGCCCGCCACCAAGCACGGCCCCGUGCCGCCGAAGCCCCCAUAUUGGGGAAGACCCGCGUGGGCGCGCCGCUCUUCGACCCCGCCCUCUGGCCCCUCAGCGCCUCGAGCCGCUUCAUCGUCAACGUGA